AUGGCCGACACACACACCGCUUCGGUCGAAGAGGCCAACGCCGCCCGCCUGCCCCUGGGUUAUCGCGACCAGUGCUCUGCAUUGCUCAUCCCGCUCAACAAGUGCCGCAAGCAGACGCUGUAUGCUCCGUGGAAGUGCGAGGACGAACGCCACACAUAUGAGAAGUGCCAGUACGACGACUUCAUCCGAAGACAAAAGGAGCUCUCACAACUCAAGAAGUCCAAGCUGGAAGCCGCAGACGAGUAG